AUGCUGACUCUAUUUUAUGUUUUUUACAACAGUAAUAAAUCAAUAUUUAUCAGAUGGAUAAGCCCACGGGAACGGGCCUGGGAAACCCUUUUCACCAAGAUGGCGCCGAAGGCGAAGAAGGAAGCUCCUGCCCCUCCUAAAAUCGAAGCCAAAGCGAAGGCCUUGAAGGCCAAGAAGGCAGUGCUGAAAGGCGUCCACAGCCACAAGAAGAAGAAGAUCCGCACGUCCCCCACCUUCCGGCGGCCCAAGACGCUACGCCUCCGACGGCAGCCCAAAUACCCUCGGAAGAGCGCCCCCCGGAGAAACAAGCUUGACCACUAUGCCAUCAUCAAGUUCCCCCUGACCACGGAGUCAGCCAUGAAGAAGAUAGAAGACAACAACACACUGGUGUUCAUUGUGGAUGUCAAGGCCAACAAGCACCAGAUCAAACAAGCUGUGAAGAAACUCUAUGACAUUGAUGUGGCCAAAGUCAACACCCUGAUCAGCCCUGACGGAGAGAAGAAGGCGUGUGUGCGGCUGGCUCCGGACUAGGAUGCUCUGGACGUUGCCAACAAAAUUGGGAUCAUCUGAACGGAGUCCAGCUGGCUCAUUCUAAAUAGAUGUUUUUUCACCAUAAAAAAAAAAAUAUUUAUCAGAUGAAUGUGUGAUUUUAACAGGGGUCUGCUUUGGCUGGAAUUACAUGUAACUUUAAUUUACAAUUUUUCUAUCUCCAGAUGUUAACAAUGCUGUGUUUUACCUUAUAAUCAUAUAUUUAAAGUAUUUGUGUAAAAAAAAAAAAAAAAAAAAGAACAGGGGCCCAUGUUGUGGUGCAGGGGGUUAAGCUGCCACCUGCAUUGCCGACAUCCCAUAUUGGAGUGUUGGUUUGAGUCUGGGCUCGGCCUCUUGUGAUCCGGCUCCCUGCUAACAUGCCUGGGAACACAGCAGAGGAUGGCCCAAGUGCUAAGGACCUUGCUACCUAUGUGGGAGACCCAGGUAGAGUUUCUUGCUACUGGCUUUGACCUGGCCCAGCUCUGACCAGUGCAGCAUUCACAGAAGUGAACCAGCACAUGGAAGAUUCUCUCUCUCUCUCUCUCUCUCUCUCUCUCUCCAUUUCAAAUAAAUAUCUUUUCUAAAAAGAAAACAAAAAAAAAUAUUGCCUACAAGAGAAGUCACCGUUUCUAUGAGUGCAGUUGAACCACCUUCCUGGGGGAGGCUUUCUCAAAAGAGGCAUUUCCCCAGAAUUGCGAGGGAGGAAAGCUGGAUUUAUCAAAACUCAGCCCAUCAAACCUGGAGUCAGCGUUUGGCCUAGCGAUUAAGCCAGGAGGACCUGGGAUCUGGUCCUGCCUCUAGCCCCAGAUUCAAGCUUCCUGCUAAUGUAAAUCCUGGGAAACAGCAGCUCACAUAGUUGUACCCCUGCCACCUAAUUGGGAGACCUGGGUUGAGUUCCCAGCGCCCACCUGGAGUGAACCAGCAGAUGGGAACUUUCCAGCUCUCCCAAAUUAAAUAAAAAGAAGCAAGCCAUUCAUAUUAUUUUAAAAAAUAAUUCUGUCCAAUGGCGGCCCUCUAGGAAGCACUGGCGGGUACAGGGUGGGGCACUUGCCGCCCUGGGAUUCUUUCCAAACCCCUCCAGGCUAGGCCCCGGAUAUGAGUCAAAGAAAGUGUCCCAAGGACCCAGACUGGAUGGAUGCUAGCUCCACUGCAAGCCCUGUGCUGCCCCAGGAGCACAGCGGGGCCAGCCCUGCCAAAGCGAUGCCCAACAGUGUCACUCAGGAGGACAGCUGCUCUGGGCCGUUCACGCCUCAUUGGUGCCUGCUGUGUGGACAGACGUGCCGGAGCACAUCAGGGCAGCUCUGCACGAGGACAGCAGGGCAGGGGCAGGAGCGCCCACUGCCUGGGGCUUUGCUCCUAACCCACAAACAUCCAGGGCAGCAGCCGGCUUAUGAAACCCAGGCGCAGCUUUACAUAAUCACGGGAAAUGAAGAGGAAGAGAGGACUCACAGAAAGGCACGCCCCCAACCUCAACAUCUUGUUUGCGAGAUGAAAUUUUCUUUCUGCUGAUUAUGAAAGUCAACCUUGCAAAGUGACUUGCCAUUUGUUUCCAACAGAAGAGGAAGGGGAUAAAGCAGAAACGGAAGCCCCUCUCAGUCCCACCUUCCCAACUCCCCCAAGGCUUGGGGCCUGUCCUUGAAGACUUUCCUGUGGCCCAGGUACACACACACACACACACACACACACACACACACGAGCCCAAGUGCACACGUGUGCACACACAGGCUUCCAUUUAACAGGAACAGGUGCACCCUCUACCUGCAGGUUCAUGCACAGCACUCAGUUAACAGCAUCCCACAAUGCCUCUGCACCACGAGCUGGGCUUCACUCACUCACUCAGCCCAGUGGGGCACCCCACAAAGCUCACAGCCCAGGGCUGUCCAGCUCCAGAAAUCAAAGCCCUAACAGCCCAGGGCUGUCCAGCUCCAGAAAUCAAAGCCCUAACAGCCCAGGGCUGUCCAGUUCCAGAAAUCAAAGCCCUAACAGUGUCCCCAGUGUUUUCCUUAGCCAAGUUCUCAGAAUCCCAGUCACCCAAGGACCUCCUUAGCAAUGCAGAAUCCUAGACUCCACCCCAGAGCCUCGGAUUCACAAAGCCAGACAUAGUGCCCGGGUAUCUGCAUGUGUAGUGAUUGCUCCUGGCAACCUUUCACAGCCUGGCCAGCCAGAGGACGCUCAUGGCUGGAUUUUGGGGCCACUCAGGAGCUGUGCUUCCUCUUGGGUCCUUCCAAUUUCUGCCCCCACAGCAACACACCUUGGAGAGGUGUCAGGAGGCUUGCUCAGGCCACACAGAGGCCACACAGUGACAUGGAUGGGCUGUAGGGAGGCUUCCCGCAGCAUCGGCUCCCAGGCACAGAGUUCGCAGCGUGGGGCCUUUGUAUUGCAGGACCCAGCCCACUGCCCCUGCCCCGGGCCCACAGCAGGAAGAGCCAGACGUUGGCUCUGCCCUGAGCUUCAGCCAAGGGGAAGAGCCAAGAAGGUACCUUGAUGAAGUCACCAGCACCGUCCAGCCUGCUGCAGCACAAGGGAGCCGUGUAUGUGUGUGCAGGGGUGAGCAUGAUUGUGAGUGAGUGGGUGUGAGAGAGCUAGGGUGCAUGAGGGAGAGCUGUGUGAGUGUGGGUAUGUGACAGUGCAUGAGCGGAGUGUGACUGUGAGGUGUGUGUGUGCACAUGUGUGCCAGACACUCCUGAGACCGGGGCAUCCUCACGCAUGGUCGGGGUGGGAAGUGCCCAUUGCAGGGCCCUCGGCCAGUCCCAGUUGCCGAACAGUCCCAGCAUUUCCUGCCAAGUGCAGCUCCAAAUUCUGCCACUGCCUGCUCUCCCUUAGGCAGCCUGAGCAGCCCAGUCCCAUAGCCCCAGGGACCAAAAGCCAUCCCCUUAACUGCCCCAAUAACAAUAACGGCUGUGUGCCGUCCUCUCCACACCACUGUUUCCCUCUGAGCCCCUCUUGGUGAUCCUGGGGGUCCCUGGAGAGCCAGCUAGUUGGGAGAGAGGCCUCUCCUGUGGGGAUUCCACUGUCCAGGCUCCCCUGAGAGUGCCCUGUGCUCCAGCUGCUGCCUGGGUCCUGGGAGAUGGCUCAGACUCCAGAGCAUGGCUGCGCUCAGAAAGGUCCCUGUGAUUUUUGCUGUCACCUGAUGUGGGCAGCAGGACGUCUGUGCCACUUCCUACCUGCCAACAGAGCACCUUUGUGUGUCAACUCCUGGAAAAGCUGGUGCAGAGUGCGCAGCCAGGGUGGCCAGAUUCCCUCCCCUGGGGCUCCUUGAUGCUCUUUCUCUCUCUCCUUGGGUCAGCUCUGGCACCUGUCGGCCAUGUGACUUCAGGCUCAUCCCUUAAUAUUCAUGCUUUCAUUGCAUAGGCAUUUAUUGAGCACCUACUGUGUAUGUGACACAGCCACAGUCCCUAGUGGUAGAACCAGGGAUGAGAGCAGGCAUCCUGGCUCUCCUGCUGCUGACGUGAGAAAACGGAGGUAGGAGGAGAGCCCUGCAGAGGCUGAGCCAGGUGCUAUGGCAGGAAGGAGGGGCUGCUGUAGGCACGAGGGGGGCUUUGCUGGUUCAGCGAACAGCAGGUGCAAAAACUCUAGGCAGGAGUUUCUGAAGGAAAGGAAGAAGGGCAGUGUGGCUGGAGUGGGUG